GCAGCAGUAGCACGUUGAAGCUUUAAAGUAGAGGAAAAUGAAAAGUUCACUGUUAGACUUGUUGCUGAUUUUCCUUGAUAAGAUAUCUUUGCUUGUCAACUUGAAACUGUUUGGUAUUCCAGAAGAUGAUGGAGGAACUGUUGAUAACGAUAAUGUGUCUUAUUUUAAAAGAGGAGAUUUACUGGAGGUUCCUAGGACUUUGUUUAUUCACUAUGGGAUCUAUUUGGGAAAUAACAAGGUAGCUCAUUUGAUGCCAGAUAUCCUCCCAGCACUGUCAGACAAUGCAUGUUUGACUGAGAAAGUGGUGACCAACAAAAGGCUGAUUCUGGGAGUUCUUGCAAAGGUAGCCAGUGUUAGAGUGGACACUGUGCAGGAUUUCGCAUAUGGUGGAAGGAUAAUAGUAAACCACAUGGACAACAGCUUCAACACAAAACCUUAUUCUAAUGAAGACGUGGCCCUGAGAGCUGAAAAACUGGUGGGGGCCACAUCGUACAGCUUGCUUUGGGACAACUGUGAACAUUUUGUAACUUACUGCAGAUAUGGAAUCCCUAUGAGCUUUCAGACUGAGAAGUUUUGUAAGACCGUGAAGAGGAUUAUCCAAGAUCAGAGAAGUGUGUUUGUUUCGGGAGUUUCAGGACUUGUGCUAAUACUCUGUAUGGGUUUGGAGCCAUUCACUACCCUCCCAAGUCUGCUUAUUACCUUCAUAUUGUGGAUGGCAAGCUGAAGACAAAAUCCACAUGCACUGAACACAGCACACCGCAUGUACAUUAUGUGAAAUAACAUGUUUAAAAGGUGAAAAGUCGAAAAAAACUAAAUAGGAGUUUAAAUUAACCUUCAAUCUAUUUCUAGCAGACAUAUCAAGCAUGCUGCUGAUGGAACAUGAAAUACAGUUUAUACUACAAAAAUAUGUUCAUAAAACAAUAUAUGCAUUGGGAGCAAAUGUUAACCCACUUAGUAAGGAAUUAUCUGCUUUUGUUCUAAAUGUCCUUUUCCCCAAUAAAAGAACAAAGGGAAAUAGAAGAGAGUAGAAUAGCUAGUGAUCAAUAGUAUGUUUUUGUUUUUUUUUGUGAAAUUUUAUUUUAAGCCGAUCAUACACUUGGCUGUUAUCAGUGGUGCGAAGUUAAUGUUCCUAUUAGUAAUUAAAUGAACAAGUAUGUCAUAUAUUUUUGGAACAUAUUUGUAAAAGUAAUUAUUACACCUCCUAGCUCUGGCUCUAUGUCAUUAUUCGUGCAGGUAAUCAUAAGUCCAUGUACCUACUCUUGUACUGAGCACUGAAAAAAUACCAUGUACAGAAAUCUUGUUUGCACUGAAAGGGUCCAUGAAGGCUCCUAUCCAAGCUUCGGACCAAAGGUUGUUUAUACACCAAUGGAGAAUUCUAUGGAAAGUCGAUAAGAGAUGGAAUAUAAAAAGUGAAUUUUCUUGAAGGAAUUAUACUGUAUGGCAUUCUGGGAGUGGUAUAAUAAUCAGAUGAAAAGGAAAUACAAAAUACAUGUAUUUUGUGACAGCCCUACGAAGUCAUGAAGUGUUUAACUUUAAACAUUGUUAUUUGGAUAGAUGGUGCAUGUACUUUGGAUACAGUAUUUUGGGUUUAUGUACAAAAAAGGGUUGAAAGAUUCAAAUUAUAUUUUUAGUGUAUGAAUAACAAGCAAAUAUAGCUCAUUUUAUGACUUUAGGUUUGAUGCUGUGACUGUAGGGUCACAAAUAUGCUAGCUGGUGUUAGUGUGGGCUAAA